AUGUCUCCAAAUGGAGCGAGAUCGAGUCCUGGGCUUCCCUCACAGAGACGUCACGAUGAAUCUUGGGUAGAAGUAGCAUCGCAACCCUCAUCUUCUUCCCUAUCCAGUAUCGGUGAUGAGAUUGUUACUACCGGCCUGCGCGUCGGAAAUCCAUAUGUGCGCCGACGACGAUUACAGCAAUCAGCACGAUCGCUCCCUCAACAGCAGACUGCUAUUCAUAAUGUGAACGCGGCCGAUUUGAGUAGCCAAGAGGAAUAUGACGAGAGCGAUAGUGAAGAUGAUCACCUUCUUACCAGCUCGACCGAGAACGCUCAGCGGUCCGAGGAGGAGGCGGAUGUGGAUUCAGAGGCCGAGUCGGAUGGUGAUAACGUCACCGCGCUCGGACGUGUGUCCGAUCAACCUACAGAGCCUAUCUUCCGACCUCAGCCAAACGCCUUCACUCAUCCAUCAACGCAACGAAGAGACUCGGCUCCAGCCAUCCCAAGCGCUCCUCCUUCUCAUCCUCAUAAUGGUCUUACACGGCCAUCCUUCACCCAACGAUCGCAGACACGGCCCCACCGUGCGGGCCCAAGCUUUAUGUCCCCAGCUGUCCGUGAAGAGAACGACGCGGCCCUUCGUGCAUCCCUCACUACUCUUCUUUCCUGCGCGCAUGCUGCUAGGGGUCUGCCCAAGUCAAAGGAUGAAGUAGAGGCCCAAAGGACCGCCAACGCAGGUGUAGGUCCCAACAGCCAACCCAUGGAACUCCGAUUUGUACCGGAGUCAGAGCUGUCAGCGGAGCCGAGACGAGCCCAACGACCCGCGGGGCCAUCUCCACCCCGCAAACGGGGCUCUCCCGCAAGAUCCCCUUCGCGAACCUCUGAAAGAGACAAGCACGGCUCCGGAUCGCCGACGGCCCCGCGGGCUACUAAGAAAAAGAAGGUUGCCCAGAUGGAAGAGCCAACCAGCAUCUCACCAACCCUUCUCACAUGGGUUGUCAGCGCCGGAGUUGUCGUGCUUGUAUCUGUGGUGGGGUUUGGUGCUGGCUAUGUUAUCGGUCGUGAGGUCGGCAAGCAAGAGGCGCUGGCUGCCAGCGUUGCAAGCGUCAACGAAACAGCAUCCUGCGGUCAGGAAGUAAUUCGAUCUUCGGGCAGUGGACUUCGUAAACUUCGAUGGGGUGCUGUCGGAAAGAGCAUCGUUGCUUAG